AUUUCUACACAUUCAAAUUCAUGUCUUUUAAGAACAUUUUAUAAACAUGGUCCUAAACUGUAGGAUUCAAGGAUCACAUUAACUUUUACAGCUCACUUGGUCUUGUUUGUGUAGUUUACACUGAUCUAUUCCUGAAUUUGUGAACUCAUAUCUAUCUCAAUUCCAGGCUUACAAACAACCAGACUUCAUCCUCAUUUGUGUCACUACAUCUGGUUUAUGAGAACAAACGAUCCUUUAAGAGGUAUUUAACCUAUUAGCCCUGACCCGCCCUUCAAAGUGCUCCCCUGCUUCACCGCCCACCCAACCUCCAAUGUCUUUGGAGUCACCACAAAUACAAAAAAGCCUAAACAGCUUUUGGCAGUCACUGAGUCUAGGCAGAAGAGGAGCAUCAAGCGCGCUGCUAGAAGGAUCUAUUACACUGAAAAAAUUAGGAGAGGGCACAGUGUCACCACACUGCUGUCUGAAAGGGAAGGGAGCUGAUAGGACUGAGGACUGUGAGCAGAGCCUUCUGAGUCAGCAGAGCUCGAGAGGAAAACAAGAUGUGGAAGAAGUCGAAGGUGACCGAUCAAACUGCUGCUGGGCAGGCGGGCAUCAAGAAGAAGUCCAAAGUGCCUGGUGUCAUGAUAACGCAGUUUAAAGAAGAACUUCCAGAAGGAAUGUCAACUCCAGAUUUCACCCGCAAACCUAUUGCUUUGACUAUUCAAGAGGGUAAAUUUGGAGUCUUUAAGGCCAUAGUGGUGGGCACUCCAACACCUGCAGUAACAUGGAGCAGAGCCAAUGCAGAAAUACAAUUUCACCCUGAUGUGUGUCUGCAAAAGUACGACGAAGCAUCUCAUGAACACACCCUUGAGUUCCCUAAAGUUGCUCCGGAGGAUGCUGAUACCUACAAGUGUUUUGCAACCAAUGAAUAUGGACGGGCUGUUUGCACUGUUGUCUUGAAUGUUAUUUCGGUUGGAUUCUCUAAGAGUAAGGAACUUCAAAAAGUCCAAGGAGAAGAUGCAGCAGACUUAAGAAAAAAGCUAAAAAAACGUAAUCUGGAUGGAACACGUGAGGAAAAGCCAAUGGAACCAGAGGAGAAGGUUUGGGAAAUUCUACUUAGUGCAGAAAAGAAAGACUACGAGAAGAUCUGUUCUGAAUACGGCAUCACAGACUUCCGUGGCAUGCUGAAGAGACUUAAUGAAAUGAAAAAAGAGCGAGAAGAAGAGAUUGCAGAGUUUGUCUCACACAUCAGCACACUAAAACAUAUUGAGGUCAGUGAUGAUGAUUGUGCAACAAUUGAGUUGGAUAUGGACCUCAAGGAUCCUAGCAGCAAACUUUUCCUGUACAAGGACGGCGUCAUGGUUCCCUUCACCAAGGAAGACAGUGAAGGAAUGAAGCAUAAUUUAAAGCAAGUUGGCAAAAAAUACAUAUUCACAAUUAAAAAACUGGGGGCAGAAGAUGCUGGACUCUACUCUGUGGAUGUUGAGGGUGUCAAUGUAUUCUCCACAGAUUUCAAAGUUCCUGAAGUUGAUUUUGCAGUCAAAAUACAAGAGGUCAAGGCAGAAGAACGAGAGGAUGCCCUCUUUCAAUGUGUGCUAACUGCACCAAUGAAUGAGAUCAAAUGGUUUGGCAAAAGUGCUCCUCUGUCUAAUAGUGAGAAACAUGAAAUCAUUGUAUCUGAGGAUAAGCUUAUCCAUAAGUUGAUUGUGCGGGACUGUCUGCCGUUGGAUGCUGGGAUCUACGCUGCUGUGGCAGGAAUCAAAUCUUGCAAUGCCUGGCUCGUAGUUGAAGCUGACAAAAAUCCUGCCAGUAAGGGCAAGAAGGUGGCUCGUAAAACCACCAUGGCUGGAGGUGGCAAUGAUGAGGAUCUUCUGAAAAUAGCUAAGGAGCAGCAAGAAAGAUAUCAGAAAGAAAUGGAAGAAAAACUGGAAAUUGCUAAGAAAGCCCAAGAGGAGAGAGAAGCUGCUGAGGCAGUUGCCCGAGCUGAAGCAGAAGCAGCCAAAAAGACUGAAACGGAGGCCAAAGCUGCAGCUAAGGCAGCAGCUAAGGAAGCUGCAAAGGCAAAGAGAGCAGCAGCUGCCAAAGCUGCAGCUGCAGCAAAGAGAGCUAAGCAAAAUGAAGCUGGUAGGGCUGGCUCUGCUGCAGAUGGUGCUGGUGGUGCAGUGGGGUCAGUGGGUGUUGGUGGUGCUGGUGGGGCUGAAGGAGUUGGCACAGGUGGAGUGGCUGGCGGUGGUGCAGGCGGAGGAGCAGAUGGGAGUGGAGCAGGGGCUGGGGGUGCUGACGGAGAAGGUUUAGGAGAAGAUUUUGAUGGGGAAGAUUUUGAGGGAGAAGAUUUUGAUUCAUUUGAAGAUUCUGAUGAAGAUGUUGAGGGAGAAGGAGGAGAGGGGGGAAAGGAGGAAAAAGAAGAGGAAAAGGAGAAAAAGGAGGAGAUGGAGAUGAUGGAGGAGAAGGAGAAGAAGGCGGAGAAGGAGAAGAAGGAGGAGAAGGAGGAAAACGCAAAAAACGUGUGAGAGAUGGUCUACUCAUGUCGGAUACGGUAAUAGAUCCUGGAGUUCACUUUCAUGCUGGCCUGUCGGACUGCAAAGCAAUCAUUGGAGAAGCAGCAGAGCUGGAGUGUAAACUGAGCAGUGAAGAGUGUGAGGGAAUCUGGUACAAAGAUGGAGAAGA